UAGAUUAAUUUACCUCUGGUUGAAAAUUAAAUAAAAUAAAUAAUCAAAAUAUGUAGAUAAAUAAUUAAAUUUAUUUUAGAAGGGAACCAACAUUUGCAUUAAUUGGUACUUUAUGUAAUUAAAUCCAAAGUUGAAUUCUUAUAGAAGUAUCAUAUUAGGAAAAACUUACAAAAUGAAAUUAUUUCGCUUAUUUGUUCAUCAAAAAAACUUUAGUGAGGAAGACCUAAUCAUAAAUCCAAAAGAUCUUCCGGAAGCCAAAAAAGGUGAUAUUGUGGAAAUAUAUCAUCCACCACCAGAAAGUGAUAAAACGAAAGAAAAUGAAGAGGAGAACCCCAGAUUACUUUUACAAAUCAAAACGUUAUCUGAAGAUUUAUUACCCACCAAAGGAGUCGCUAAGGAUACUUUGAGUGUGGAGCAAAGUAUAGCAACAACAUUUGGCUUGAAAAUUUAUAAAACUGUUUCUGUAAGAAUUGUCAAUCCAGCUGAUGUAGCCUUAGAUUCUAUUGAAUUGACUUUCAAAGAUCAAUAUAUGGGGAGGUCAGAGAUGUGGAGACUGAAGAAUUAUUUGAAAGAUACCUGCAUGUACAUGAAUAAAAAAUUAGAAUUUUGCGGUGGAGCCAUUCGGUGCCAAGUGUAUGAAAUGUGGGCACAGGGUGAAAGGGUAGCUUGUGGAGUUCUCACUGAAGAUACCAAAAUUGUUUUUCGAUCAUCAACUUCAAUGGUGUACCUUUUCCUACAAAUGUCAUCUGAAAUGUGGGAUUUUGAUAUCUAUGGGGACCUUUAUUAUGAGAAGGCAGUGCAUGGAUUUUUGGCUGAUUUGUUUGCUAAGUGGAAAAAACACGGCAGUAAUCACGAGGUUACCAUUGUUUUAUUUUCAAGAACAUUUUAUGAGGCAACAAGCUUAGAAGAAUUUCCCCAGCAUAUGCGAGAAUGCUUACAGAAAGACUACAAGGGUCGAUUCUAUGAAGAUUUUUAUCGUGUGGCUGUUCAAAAUGAAAAAUAUGAUGAUUGGUGUGGAAUUUUGGUCCAGUUGAGGAAAAUAUUUUCUGAGUAUUUGAAAAUUGUUCUAGAGUAUCAUUCCAGACCUGAUGUAACUAUACCUCCAGCGACAAAUAGCACUGCUGCUCAAGGCAAUUUUCUUGAAGUGCUCAAUAUGUCUCUUAAUGUGUUUGAAAAACAUUAUCUUGACAGAAGUUUCGAUAGAACUGGGCAAUUGAGUGUUGUCGUAACACCAGGUGUUGGAGUUUUUGAAGUAGAUAGGGAACUCACAAAUAUAACUAAACAAAGAAUAAUUGAUAAUGGUGUUGGAAGUGAUCUUGUUUGUGUAGGAGAACAACCGUUACAUGCAGUUCCACUCUUGAAGUUUCACAAUAAAGAUGCACACAAAAAUGUACCCGAUGAUUACUCAAUGCCUCACUGGAUAAACCUUUCUUUCUAUUCAUCGAACAAGAAAAUUCCGCAUUCAAAUUUUGUGCCUCGAAUCAAGUUACCUCCUAUUUCGAAAACCAAAACAAAAGUCGUGCCGGAGGAUGAAUAUAUUCACAAAUCCUUUUUUGACUACGAUGCCUAUGACGCUCAGAUAUUUCAACAGCCACCUGCUCAUUCUAUUUCUGAAGUACAUACUGUUCAGAGUAAACUGAGCUAUCGCUAUAAACGUAGUUCUGGCAGUUUAUUGAAUGAUGAAGAAGCUGCCAAAUUCAAACGUAAGUUGUCAGAUCCCGACAUGCAGCAAAAAGGUAGCUCAAUAAACAGGUCAGAACCAAUAGCGAUACCUCCAGCUCUUACAAGUCCUGUUAUUUCUCCACCAAACGAAAUGGAUAGAGAUAAAGAAAUAUCUCCACCUAUUCGUAUGGUGGUAGGUUCCGAAGGAUCUCCACCGCUUGAAUCUAAAGCACUCAUCAACCCUUUCGAUCCAACACACGUUACGAUAAAGUUAACGUCGAACCGUAGAAGAUGGACUCAUAUAUUUCCCAAAGGGCCUACUGGUGUUCUCAUACAGCAACAUCACUAUCAAGCGGUUCCAGCUCAACCGCAAGAAGAUAAGCCAAAAACUGCUACUGAUAAUUCAUCUUUUUGUAUGACUGAAGCUUUGCAUGAAUAUCUCAAAAAAAAACCGAAUAUUUCAACCCCAGGAAAUAAUACCUCCGGGCCAUCAAAAAACCCAAGCAAAAGCACACUUCUUUGGGGUGCAACAGGGGAGCAAGAGUGGACCCCUGCAUUAACCACAGUCAAUGAAGUGCUCAUAGGUGUGGAUUGGAAAUCUCUCACUAUCCCAGCAUGUUUGCCAAUAACAACAGAUUACUUUCCGGAUGAGAGAGCUUUGAACCUAGAUUACGUUGUUUCGCUGUAUAGCUUAGUGCCAGAUAGUGUGUCUGCCGAUUUCGCUCAGCAGAGGCCUACAUAUAGAAAGCUCUUGACUACAGAAGAAGUAUUCAGGGAAUUAAUCUCUCAAAGAUUGGCCCAAGGUUUCCAAUUGAUAGUUAUGGAAAAUAAUGAGAAAUCCAAUAAUUCGCUGGCUUGCAAACAAAGUGUUGUUAGAACAACCACAACGGAAAAUGAAAAUUCUUACUUUUUGUCCAUUGGUAGACUUUUCCACAAAAUAUAUCUAUCAGGAAAUGCUAUAUUCGUCACUAGAUAUAGACCCAGGCAUCCCUAUCCAGGUUUUAAAUAUCAAUAUAGGUACAGAUUUCACGCUCCACAUCAUGAUAAAUAUGAAGAAUCCUACGCCUUGUUCACAACCGAGAAGUUGGAACAUUAUAAUUGGAACUACUUGGAUCAUUACAUCUGCACAGGAGGAGAUUCUGAGUUUGUUUUAGUGGAAGCUUUGAAAUAUUGGAGAUUUAGAGUUUACCUCGUACCGGCCAAUAAUCCAGCAACGAAAAAAAUUAUCGAAGGACAUCCCCAUUUCAAUAUUUACACCUUACCCACCGCCACAGACUAUCAAAAUAUGGUAGAGGGUUUCUUGAAGUUCCUUGAAACAGCCAUAAAUAAAAUAAAAAGGACGCAAAUUUGCAAAAAACCAAGGAUGUCUUUGAACAUAACAAACAACGCACCUCUUCUCCAACCAAGACGCAAUAGUAUGAGCAAUUUCUUACAGAAUAUGAACAGUUCCCCUUUCCGUGAACGUAUGGACAGUAACCGGAUGCCUGAUAGACCUCGGCUCAGAUCUGGAUCGAAAGUAGAUCGUAGCAGAACAGCCACAGUGGCCCAAGAUACCGGUACCUCAGAAUCACAGGGGGUCGAUGUUUUCUCAGAAGAAAGCUCAUCCAAUUCCUGUCCGGUUCUGAAGUCGUCCGCUUCAAAUCAAGAAAUCCUCGAAGCCAUGAAACAUCCUUUAAACGGAGUAUCUUUCAUCAACAUGCAGCAGAACCUACCGAGUUAUACAUUUGUAGCAGCUGAAGCUGUUACAUGGCUGAUAACUCACAUGGAGGGUUCGAUAAACGUUGAGAAGGCAGUUCAGAUCAUGCAGGGUCUUCAUAGUGAGAAUAUCAUUUGCCACGCAUCAGGAAAUAGGGGAAAGAUGUUCGAGUUUGGUUUUUAUCUCUUUUAUAUUUGUGGUCUCAAUGAUAAAGAGGAUAAAGAUGCUUUUCAACCGAAUGGAGACCUCACCACUUUUGAGAAUGAGUGGUUGGAGGUGGAGAUCAAAUCGGCCUUGCAUUGGGGCAUACAACAGACGCCGACGAAUCUGAGCCCUACUCUCUACACCACUGGUGAAUAUGGGGUACCACACUUCUUGUGCGAGGACAUCAACGUGGAUUAUGCGGAGGAAGACAUAAAAGGCCCACUCUUCAGAAGGAUGAGAUUGGAAACUGACGUGUCGAAUAAAAGUGAUAGAGUUGAAUGGGGGCAUGUUAAGUAUCAAACUGUCUUCAGGCCUGAUCAAGCAUAUGAAUUCAUAAUAGAAUGGUUGACAUCUUCCGGUUCUAUCAUAGCAGAACUUUUGAAUAGUUGGAAUCGUAAAGCUCAGAGUUGUGGUCUACAAAUGAUACCUAUUCCUCAUGAUCCAUUGGCGCUCCCUUAUUCUGACAAAUCUGAUCCGUUGAGAGGGCCUAUAUAUAUUCCAUUAAAUACAAACUGUCUUCAGAAAGACGAUCAGCUCUUUAAAGAUUUUCCAGAAGAUACAGCCGCAGAACGAUUAUUCCUUUUCCAAGAAGCUAUUGUGCAACGGUUCGGUUUCUUGAAUUGCCAUUCUGAAACCACCAAUUCUAGUAGUUCAUCAUCCAGAGAGCAUCACUACGUGCAUUGCACAGGGGCAGUUUUUGUUUUGUUCUCGUGUACAUCGACCAGAUCUAGGAGCAGAGUUACCUCCAUGAGCAAAGGUAGAGCCAGUGGUAGAUAUUCCGUACAUGCAGAUAUAGUACCCAGUCCCCAUGAGGCGUACAUCACGAGACAUGUGAGCGGAAAGAAUAAAGACGACUAUGAUAACUCUAGAAAAUUGGGGUACCUAUGGUCCUGGAACCAUAUGGUUAGUAAGAGAUGGCGCUCAAACCAGGCUGUUGAUAAUAAUUAUCUUACAAGGAUGCUGAAGGAUUUCAGGGAGUUCUGUUCGAACGUAGACAAUAGACUGCAAGCAUUUUUGGAUGAAUGUUGGGAAGUAAAAGUGGCAGCUUCUGCGAAAAAUAUCUCACUUUGAUGUUGUUUCAUAAUAAUUUAUCUUUUUCUAACAAAUUUAAAUUCUCAAUAGAAUUGUGAUAAUUUAUAGGAGUUGGAAUAUUGAUGAGAACUCCUCCUAUCUGUAGCUUAAGAAUUAAGAAAUAUUUUGUCUGUUUAA